AUGAUGCAGUCACCAUAUACCCUCCGCACUGGUAUUUAUCCCGAGAUCGACCCGGAUCGGCUCACGGGCUCGUUGACAGGCAAGAAUGCCCUGAUAACGGGUUCUGGCAGGGGUAUCGGGCGGGAGAUCGCUAUCGCAAUGGCGCGAGCUGGGGCUAGCGUUUGCGUCACGGCACGAACAAGCAGCCAAGUCGAGGAAACAAAAGCUGAAAUCGUCCGCUUAGGUCUGAAUGGCAAGGUUGUAGGGAUCGUUGCAGACGUGCUCAAGCUGAAAGACCAGGAACGCCUUGUACACGAGUUUCGUGAACAGCUCGGCCCCGUUGAUGUCUUGGUGUGCAAUGCUGGCAGCAACAUGUUCCAGCCCUUCCACCUGACGAAUGCAACUGAGUGGUGGGAUAUUAUGGAGCUGAAUGUCCGGGCACCAGUGGAACUCACUCGACUUGUCCUUCCAGAAAUGCGUGAGAGGAACCAGGCCGUCAUAAUCUACACCUCAUCGCGAGCUGCCAAAGCGGACCUCCCCUGGACCACGGCAUACAACUGUGCCAAGACAUCUAUCACCAGAUUCGCGGGUACUCUGCAAGUGGAGCUAGAUCAAGUGCAGAAGAUCGAGAAGGGGGUGAACAAUAACAUAUCUGUCUUCAGCAUUCAUCCAGGAGAGAUAGAGACCAAUCUCCACGAGACGGCGUUUCCAACGAAGACAAAGCAAGAGGCGCCUUACGUUAUCGAGCAUAUGGAGAAGAUAGGUGCUAAGAGACCUCAUUUCGAGCCUGCUUUGCCAGCGUGGACUUGCGUCUGGCUUAGCUCUGGGAAGGGCUCGGCGCUGAGGGGGGGAUUUGUGGACUGUACGCGUGAUGUAGGCGAACAAGUAAAGGAUGCAUUAGAGAACGGAAAGACAUAA